AUGAAAAACCUAAACCUCUUCCGUGAGGUUCCUUUCAUUCUCCGAUUAACCUCCAACGACGAAACUUUUCGAUUCGCCGCCUUAGAUAUCGAACGCAACCGUCUCUUCUUCCUCUCGUCCCACAAUUUCAUCUACACUUACCAUCUAUCUUCCUUCCAUGAUAAAGAAGCUUGGAGUAAUGCCUCAUUGUUAUCUACGGAUUAUGGCAGCGUUGAUCUCGAACCCGAUGACAGUGUUACUUCUUUUGAUUAUCUUAUGGAGAAAGAAGCGCUUCUUCUCGGAACUUCCAACGGGCUUUUAUUGCUUUAUGAUGUUGACGCUAACACAACUCAAGUUGUUGGUAACUUGGAUGGUGGUGUCAACUGCAUUUCCCUUAGUCCUGAUGGUGAACUUCUUGCUAUAAUUACUGGUUUUGGUCAGAUUUUGGUUAUGACUCAUGAUUGGGAUUUGUUGUAUGAAACACCACUUGUUGUUGAUGAUGAUGUUCCUCAAGGCCAUCACAUAAAUGGAGAAAACUUUUUGGAGGGUGGGUUUGAGCAACAUCCGAUAUCUUGGCGAGGAGAUGGAAAGUACUUUGCUACGAUGAGCGUGUGUAGUUCUACUUUUUUGCGGAAACUUAAGGUUUGGGAUCGAGAUUCAGGGGCAUUGCUUGCUUCUUCGGAUGAAAAAACUUUUGCUGGAGCAGUUUUGGAGUGGAUGCCCAGUGGUGCUAAAAUUGCAGCUGUAUAUGACAGAAAAGCUGAAAAUGAAUGCUCUUCAAUUGUUUUCUUUGAGAGGAAUGGUUUGGAAAGAAGCAAGUUUAGUGUUGGUGAAGGAGUUAAUGCAAAAGUAAAAUUUCUGAAGUGGAAUUGCAGUUCUGAUCUUCUUGCGGGUGUUGUAGAAUGUGAAAGUUAUGAUGCUAUAAAGAUAUGGUAUUUUAGCAACAAUCAUUGGUACAUGAAGCAUGAAAUUAGAUACUUGAAGCAAGAUGAAGUCAGGUUCAUAUGGAAUUAA